CUCAUAACAAGAGGAACUAUCGAAGAAAGGAUGGUGCAGAUGACUAAGAAGAAAAUGGUUUUAGAACAUCUAGUUGUUGGGAGGCUCAAGGCUCAAAAUAUUAACCACGAAGAACUUGACGAUAUCAUUAGGUAUGGGUCAAAGGAGUUAUUUGCUGAUGACAAUGAUGAAACAGGAAAAUCCAGACAAAUUCAUUAUGAUAAUGCUGCUAUAGAUAGAUUACUGAACCGUGAACAAGCUGGAGAUGAGGAAACUGUCUUGGAUGAAGAAGAAGAAGAAACUUUUUUGAAGGCCUUUAAGGUAAGAGUCGCUAUGGUUGGAAAGUACACGGGCCUGUCAGAUUCUUACCUCUCUGGACUGAAGCUUACUGCAUUGGACUUCUCUUGGCUGAAGAGUGAAGGAAAUGUUGAGGCCACUGGAAGGAUUAUUCUGUUGAACCUGGUGAAAGUAAGAGGCCUUUCUGUGCUCUUUUGGAUGUUGGUCUAAUACAAACUACCACUUGGUGAUCAAGUUGAUGCGGCGGAUCAUUGAUUAUGCUGGUUUCUUGGGCUACUAGAAUCUCUGAAGCUCCAAAAACUGAUCUUGAGUUCUGGAAGACUCUUUUCCCAGUAUGAAAUUCACACCAUUAUAUAUAUAUAUAUAUAUAUAUAUAUAUAUAUAUAAUCAUUUUAGUGGUUAAGUUGUUUUGAGGUUUUUUGACAUUGUUGUAGCUUGUAAUUAAGGCUUUUAGGUUUCAUAUUAGGAUAUUGUUAGGAUUAAUGUUAUUUAUUUUUCUGGCAAAAGUUUUGUCAUGCAAAUGGAAACUCAAAUGGAAAAGAGGAUAAAGAAUGAAAUGCUACAGAUGAUGUUCAUUUCA